UGCCCCGCCUGCAGGUGAGCAGUGUUGUGUGAGAGCCAGCUGCCUGUCUGCCCACUCAGUGGCAGUUCCCUGGAGCUAUCUGUCCCCGCUGGAGCCUCAGCAGAUCCUUCUUUCAGAAGUCACUACCAAGAGUCCUGAACAGGAGCCACCAUGCAGUGCUACAGCUUCAUUAAGACCAUGAUGAUCUUAUUCAAUUUUCUCAUCUUUCUGUGUGGUGUGGCCCUGUUGGCAGUGGGGAUCUGGGUGUCAGUCGAUGGGCCAUCCUUCCUGAAGAUCUUCGGGCCGCUGUCGUCCAGUGCCAUGCAGUUUGUCAACGUGGGCUACUUCCUCAUCGCAGCUGGCGCUGUGCUCUUUGCUCUUGGUUUCCUGGGCUGCUACGGUGCUCACACUGAGAACAAGUGUGCCCUCAUGAUGUUCUUCUUCAUCCUCCUCAUCAUCUUCAUUGCUGAGGUCGCAGCUGCUGUGGUCGCCUUGGUGUAUACCUCAGUGGCUGAGCACUACCUGACAUUGGUGGCAGUGCAAACCAUCAAGAAGGACUAUGGCUCCCAGAAGGACUUCACACAAGUGUGGAACAGCACCAUGGAAGGGCUCAAGUGCUGUGGCUUCAACAACUACACGGAUUUUGAGGAGUCUCCCUACUUCACAGAUAACCAGGUCUUUCCCCCAUACUGUUGCUUUGAUGAUGUCAAUGGCACGGAACCCUGCACCAAGAAGAGGGCCGAGGACAAACCUGUACAGGGUUGCUUCAAGCAGCUUCUGAGUGACGUCCGAACCAACGCAAUCACUGUGGGUGGUGUGGCAGCCGGAAUUGGAGGCUUGGAGCUGGCUGCCAUGAUUGUGUCCAUGUACCUGUACUGUAAUUUGAAAUAAGUCUGCCUCUGCCUCCGCCACUGCUCCUGCCACACAGGAACUGGGAAGAGCACCCUGGCACUGCCAAAAGGCCGGGAUCAGGGUGGCGACAGGAUCUAACAGUGUCAUUUGGGCCAGAGUGG